AAAGUUGAACUGUCAUCUUCUAUUCUUCAAGCGAUUGUUUACGUUGUGGUGCGGAUUGUGCUUGCGAUAUUGGUGGUAAAAUAUAAUAUAGAAAUAUCUAACAAUGCCCCAUGGACACUCACACGGUGGUGGCUGCGAACAUGAAGCAUUGGGAAUUGAAAACGAAUUGGAAAUAGGUAUACAUUACAGUCUGUAUGAGAAGAUUGAUAUGAACAAUGUAGAAUGUCUGAACGAAGAGCUGGAAGGAUCUGGGAAAACUGUGUUUAAACCAUAUAAUGAGCGUCUAAAUCACGAUAAGUACGUGAAAAGUGAUGCUGACGAGGAACUGCUAUUUAACAUACCCUUCACCGGAAACGUGAAGCUGAAAGGUAUCAUCAUCAUCGGAGCAGACGAUGAAACGCACCCAAAAAAAAUGCGUCUGUUUAAGAAUCGCCCAAAAAUGACGUUCGACGAUACAUCUGCAUCGGCGGAUCAGGAAUUUUCCCUAGAGAAAGAUGCAAACGGUGUAUUCGAAUAUUCUACAAAAGUUGUUACAUUUGCAAACGUGCAUCAUCUUUCACUGCAUAUUCCUGCCAAUUAUGGAGGCGAAAGUACGACCGUUUAUUAUAUUGGACUGAAGGGAGAAUUUAGUGAAGCACACCAUCACGGCGUGACAAUUUGUACGUACGAAGCACGUCCUAACGUUUCGGAUCAUAAAAAUAAUUUGUUCGAUUCUGUGAACCACCAAAUUCAAUGAUCUGUUUAUUUUUAGCUUGCACGAUUGUUGUUCUAAAAAAUUAAACAAGAAAAACUCGGAUUCGAACCAUUAAGACGCUAUCUUUUUCAAAGGUGUUCAAAAUUAUCAAGGCAAAACAAAGGAUAUUUAAAACCAACCAAGAAAACCAACAUAAAGAAGGAGAAUUUUCUAUCUCGUUAGAGUUCCGCGCCACGAGUCAAAUUCCAUGAAAAUAGGACGAUAAAAGGGCCAUCUUAUAUAUAGUAAAGUGCCGUAUGUGGUUCAUGAGCCGUAGUAUGCCGACUACUUUCCCAGUUCUAGUCCUAGUGUAUAUUUUUGAUCAGGCCAACAAAAAAAAAAAAAAAAGAUAAUAGUAACACAGUUAAAUUAUGUAAAUAGCUUGUAAUCCUAUUGCAUGUAUACAUUUUAUGAUUUACAUUGAUUUGUUUUGCAAAAAGCAUAUUUUACUUUUUAUAUCUAUACAAUUUGAUCUACUUGGGGGGUUGGUAGAUCGAGAAAUCUAUGGUUUUUAAUAGUAUUUAUGAUUUUUAAUGAAAUUUAAGUUGUUUGUUUUUCAAAAACAUGAAAAAAUUAGCAUGCUCGAAUUUUUGAAACAAGAAUAAUAUCUUCUAUUUGCCAACAUGCAAUGCACCUGUCAAGAGAGGGCUCAUUUUCAGCAAAUGUAAACCACAAAUAUUUCCAAAUUCCUCAUUUUCAGUAGUUCCUCAUUCUCAGUUACUUCAUAAAAUUUAUAAUUUCUGCCGCAAUAGUCCUCCCAACGGGCGGUCCCGUAGUACAGUCGUCAGCUCGAAUGACUUAACAACAUGUCCGUGGUGUAUUCAAGUGUAGAAUACAGCGUCCCAUCCGUAGCAAGAACUUGACUGACUAUCUAUCCGGCUGCGCGAUACUAAAUAAGUCUCGAAAGCUUUUAUGGACUGGCAUGACCGCGCUUUGCCAGUUACACCAAUAAUACUAAGAAUAAGUAGAAAGCCCGGAAAGGGCCAGUCUGGUGGUACAGUCAUCAACUCGUACGACUUAACAA